CAUCAUUUUUUAUUGAAAAUAUUAUGCAAAAGGUGUUAAUUAUUAUACCAUAUCCCUUAUGCAGGACGAUAAUAAUAUAAAAUCCAAGAAGAUCUUCCUAAUCCGGAAGCAGCCUGACACUUAUUAUAAUUUAUUGAAAAAUGAACACGAAAUUGUCAUUCCAGGAGCCCCUGAGCCCAGGCCAGUGACUAAUUUGACAAGAGUAAUAAACAGAAGAUUAAAGCAAACAGCCACUUUUGACUCAGAAUGGCAGGAUAUGGUGCUGAUAAGAUUUUGAGUUCAAGUCAAAAAGCUUAUUUUUGAGGAUAGAUUCCUCUGGUGUUCAAAAUUUUAUCAAGAAAGUACAUUAAAACCAUUCUGAUAUCAGCUGCUUCUUGACAAGAUAGGCCCUCAGUACCUCAGAGAAAUCGGCGACCAAGAACAAAGCAGACUAAUUGACACUUUGUGAAGAAUUAUUGAUGUAAAAUGCCAAGAAUUCAAGCGUAUCCAUGGAAUAAAGCAUAUAAUGUAUGACCAAAGAACCCAGAGAAGAUGCAAACUCCUGAACUCGAAGGCAAGCAAAGAUGGCUCCAAAGGAAUAAGGAUAAAGCUUGUCAUUGACAAGCAAGACCUGGAACUUAUAUACGAUCCUUUUUGAAAGUAUCUUUCUCCUGAGACAGCAGCAGAGAUAUUCCUUAACAAAUCUGGAUUGAAUAUUUACCUGAGAAACAUGGUUGCUUAUUGUAUUAGAAUACAGACUUCAGAAAAUAUCUUACAACAAGGAUUUGAAGAGAUGAAGAAAACCAGUGAUGAAGAGAUAGAGCAGAUUGAGAGGCAGAUCAACCAGACCAAAAUUGCUAAAAUAGAUCUACUACAAGCAGAGGAUGAAGCUGAUGAUAAUUCUAGUAGAAGAGGACGUAGGCCUAAGUACGAUCAAAUCCAUGAUGCAGAUGGAUUCAAGGAUAUAAUAGAGUUUUCAGAGUCCUCUAACAAAAUUCAGCAUGAUAUUUUCAUUGACAAGCUGGAACCUUCCGAAGACCAAGAUGAUCAGAGUAUAUUAACUGAGGAAUUUUCUAAAUUACUAAAUACUCAUGAUGAAGAUUCUGAUAAUAUAAACAACUUAGAAGGAAUGUUUGAUCUCUUGCCAAAGGACAUACAAUAUGUAGACCCAUCGAAGAUUGAUGAGAACGAAGCGAACGACUUGAGUACAGACGCACUGAUGCCAAUCAGCAUCGACCUAAACCCUUUGAAGAAUCUAAGCACCAAUACAAAAAAUGAAGAUGAUGCUGUUAUUGGAAGUGAAAGUGAACCCAAUGAUGAACAGAAGAAAAUCAGAGAUUUGAUCAAGCAGAACACUAAGAAAGAUUUUAGAGUAGUUGUUCCAGGGAGUAAGAAGAGAACUGAAGUCUUGCAAGAAAUCAGUAAUAAUCCUAAUAGAAUCGAGACUCAAGAGUCUAACUUAUCCAAUACUGAAGUUGAAACUUCUGAUCAACUAGAUUAUAACUUAGAGGAUGAGGCCAAGAAUAUUAGUCCUAGUGACAGUGAGUUUGAAGAACCACUCAGAAGAGCUCAUAUCCGAAAAUGUAGGCUUAAGGAGAAGAAAUCAAUGUAUUCCAAGUUUGGCAUUGAUGAGACUAACAAAGAAAAUUCAGACUAUAAAAAUAAGCCUCACAGUGUAGUGAAAAAUGCUCAGAAAGCUAUCUUGAAAGAGAGCAAACUUAAUGCUGUUUCCUCAUUAGGCUCUAGCUCGACUAGUUCCAGUAUCACCAAAACUGUAAUUCUCGAGUAUAACCAGAAUGUUACUUACAAUAAGAGGAAAGAAAGAUUUUUGAUAAAAAAGAAGGCUCUUACUGAAGAUAUCCUGCCGGAAGUAAAGCCAAGAAGACGGAGUACUAGAAUAGUCUCGAAGAAGAAGGUUAAGAAACAAUCUCUCAAGAUAGAUCCAUUGAUUCUGAUGACAGUACUUAAGCCAUCUAAAUGAUACCCAGGAUACUUUCUAGAGUCACUCAUAGUUGGAGAUGAUCUCAAGUGAUUUAAUGAACGAGAGCCUGAAACAAGAAGGAGUAGUAGAUCAAGAUCAAAUAAAUAUGAAAAUCUCUGUGAGAAUUCACUAACUCUAAAUGCUCGGUGAAAAGCUCUGAAUGCAAGACUCCCACUAACAAAGCGUCAGAUAGCUCAGUAUAAUAAAAAUCAGGGCUAA